AUGGCGCCUAAGCAGCAACGCAUUACAGUUACUUCGGGCGAGCAGCGACGUUUGCCCCGCAACGCCGUCGCCAGCGUAUAUCAAACGCUAACCUCUCCUGACAACACAAAAGUUGUGCGCAGUAUAGCCAUCUUCGGUCUUGCCGUCGCCUUCUUCUCCAGCAGUUGGAGUGAAGUUCUCCUACCACCAAUUAAUCGCCAACCAAUUCGCCGCAACCUCUAUCCUAACGGGCUCAUUUUCCGAAAAUACGAAUGUUUAGGCUGGAUAUGCGGCAGAGUAGAGGGUUCAGGCAUAGACCAUAACACGCAUUUCCGAGAGUUCUUCCUUAUACCUACGCAUAUGGUUUCAGUAUUUCAAAAUGAACUGGUACAAUACCUUUUACAAAAUUAG